CUCCGUCCGAUGGUCCGCAUCAUAAUCAUGCCCCGAAAAAGGCCUCGAAAGCGCUGGGCGGAGGGGGUGACCGUUGGCUGGCGACAUCCUCGCGGGCGCAAUACGAGGAUUUUGAGUUAGCAUUGGGUGCUUCCUGCAUGAAUGCCACACCCCAUCACAAGCAUUAAAACGCGCGGUCAGCGGAAACGUCGGCUGGCGGGGGCGAUCCUGGCGCGACACUGCGUGAAGCCUUGCGCAACGGCGCCGCCAGACCCCGUCCGCGUGGUCUGCGUCUCCGACACGCAUAACAAGCAACCUGUGCUGCCGCCGGGAGACAUCCUCAUUCAUGCCGGAGACCUGACCAAGAACGGCUCCUUCGACGAGGUGCAGGCCGGCGUCACCUGGCUCUCGUCGCAGCCCCACCGGUUCAAGAUCCUCGUCGCCGGCAAUCACGACGUCCUGCUGGACGAAACCUUUCUCGAGCGAUACCCGGAGCGCCGCUACGGACAGUCCAAGACAAAGAAGGACUUGGACUGGGGCGACGUGAUCUAUCUCGAAGACUCCACCAUCACACUCGACGUCCCCGUCCAACCCUCACCACCCGCGCAAGCCGAACCGCCCACAGCCCCUGGACGCCGCAAUACGGCAUCUCGGCCUUCCAGUACCCGCCGACCAAGGGCGCCGAGCACUGGCGCGCCGGCCUCGCCAACCUCUUCCCCAUCAACACCAAAACCAAAAAAACCAGAACCAACCGCGACGAACCCGAACACCACCGGGCAGCCCCGACUCUGGUGGUAGUCACGCACGGCCCGCCGCGGUUCUACCUCGACCGGCGCGACGCGCUGCACGCGGCGG